UGAGAACUACUAGAACUGCAUUGCUGACUGAGGUUUUGGAGGGAGUGGGGCGAGACUCCUUCAGCUAAGGCCAAGCUUUGCACACCGGUUGGUCCUCAGCCACGAUGCCCAGGGCACAGUUCUCUAAGUUCCCUGUGAAAAUGGUCCAUGACACAGGCAAUCUGGAGUUCCCAAACAGCAGCGAAUCUUCCUUCGUUGAAGACAAAAAGAAGCAUCCAAAGAAAACCAAAGGGCGUGUGACCAUCUCUGACCCCUCAAGUAACCCUUUCCACAUAUCAGGGGAUGUGGACUUCUUCUUGCUCAGAGAGCAGGAGUGCAAUAAAGCUAUGGAAGAGCGCCAACAGAAGAAGAUUAUGAGAGUGCACCAGAAGAUGACCUACUCAUCAAAGGUGUCUGCCAAGCAGACUAGCCUGCUCCGGGAGCUACAGCUAGAAGAGGAGAUGGAGGACGUUGCUGAGAUCCAGCAGCUCAACAACUUCCGCAACAACACUGUCUGGAAGCUGGCCAUGACCCUCGGAGCUGCAGAAAAGAAUAUAGAGACUGAAACACUGAAUGCCUACUUGAAGCGGAAGCGAACAAUGUUUCUCCUUCAGUAUUCCCUGGAAAUGAAGCGUAAUGAAAUCCAACGGCUAGAAAUGCUGGCGAUCCGGGAGGAGAACAGGCUGAAGAGGGCUGAGAAGGCCCUGGAGAAGGACGCAGCCUUGUUUGAUGAGUUCCUCAGGGAGAAUGACCGCAACUCAGUGCAGGCCAUGAGACUGGCCGAGAAAGAGUCCAAGGACAAGAUGGAGAAGAUCGUUGAGAUCCGGAACAUCACAACUCAGAUUAUGAACAUCAAAAGCGAAAUCUCUAAAUUUGAAGACACUUUGAGACAUUACAAGAUCUACAAGGACUUCCUGUACAAGCUGUCACCCCAGGAGUGGUUGGAUGGGAAGAAGCGCCUGACUCUCAAAAAGUCCAAGGAACCUAUAGAGUGCACCAAGGAGAGCAGUAUAGUCACCUUACCAGGAGAAAAAGGGCCUAACAUCAGAAGCAAGACAGCCUUGCCAUGGAAAGAUGUUCAGAAUGUGAAGACCUCAAAGCCUGCAUGGACCUCGAAUACCUCAACCAGCACUCAGAGCCUUCCAAAGGUCGGUCAGCGUAGUCAGGCCAGCCUGUUCAGCAAGGUGGACUCCAAACUGUCAAGCACAAUGGCACCGUCACAAGACGACACAGACAGCGAUGGGGAGGUCUGUGCUGGGCUCUCUCCCCUCUUGCCCCACUCUAUCAAGCAUCCUGCACUGUCCUAUUGGGACCCAUCCUGUACAGCACCCUUUGCCUACCUCUCACAGGAGCUGGCACUGUACUUCACUGAACCCCAGCAGCUCUUGAACGUCUUCAUGAAGUUAGAGGAACAGAACCUGUCGUUGAUUCAGAACACGCAGGAGAUGGAGGAGACCUUGGAUGACCUGAAGCGCACACUGAAAAACACCCAGAUCCGCAUGGACAGGGAGGUCGAACUGCUGAAGCAGUGGAUCAAUGCUAUCAUGGUAUCAAUCUCCAAGGAAGAGGAGACAGCAGCAGAGCUGGAGCUCAAAGCCCGUGUCUUCCACUUCGGGGAAUAUAUGGGAGACCAGCAGGACAGGGUGCUGAAGAGCCUGAACCACAAGGUGCUGGACGUGUACCGGAACUGUGUGGGCAUGCAGCAGGAGGCCAGCCUGGGCACAGUGCAGAUGCUCGCUGUGGUGGAGCACCAGCUGAACGAGCUGCUGGAAAAUUUGGAGCGAGUAUCCCCCGCCAAGAUCGAGCAGGCUGAGAAGGCCAAAGAGAUGGAGAGGCGCGUAAGGCUUCGUGAAGAGAAGCUCAAGGUGCAGAGGCAGUUGCAGGAGGAACGUCUGCAGCGGGCUCGAGCCAGGGCUCAGGCUGAAAUAAAAAAGAAGAGAGGCAGGAGAUUGGUGUGCCGCUCCCAUCCACCAAUCAUCAGAAUAAAGGAGAAGCAAGAGAACACGCUGAUGGAUAAGGACAAGGAGGAGCUGCUCUACUUCUUCACUUAGCAGCAGAGCCUGCAGAGGGCUCUGGAAGAGGUCAGCAGUAAGUGCAGGCAGGGACUGUGAGCCUGAGGGGUCCCUAACUCUAUACCUCAUGCUUUCCUUUAGCCUCCUUACUCACAGGAAAUAAACUAAUUUCU